CACACCACGUACUGAACACACACACACACAGACGCACACACUACGCUUCUACGCUACACGCCCCGAUCCACUGUAGUGCUCGCGGGGUAGCCGACCGGCCGGAAAUGGCGAGGAGUGUAGCGGUGGCCGUGGCGUUCAUGGCGGUGGCGGCGGUGGCGGUGGCGCAGGCGCCGGCGCCGGCGGCGACGCCGAGCGGGCCGCCGAACGUGACGGCGAUCCUGGAGAAGGGCGGGCAGUACACGACGUUCAUCCGGCUGAUGAAGGAGACGCAGCAGGACACGCAGCUGAACAGCCAGCUGAACAACUCCUUCAACGGCAACGGCUACACCGUGUUCGCGCCCACCGACAACGCCUUCAACAAUCUCAAGCCCGGCACGCUCAACGGCCUCACCCAGCAGCAGCAGGUGUCGCUCGUCCAGGGCCACGUCCUCCCGCAGUUCUACUCCAUGGACUCCUUCCAGACGGCCAGCAACCCCGUCCGCACCCAGGCCUCCGGCACCGACGGGCCCUACACCCUCAACAUCACCUCCACCACCAACAGCCAGGUCAACGUCUCCACCGGCGUCGUCGAGGUCACCGUCACCAACGCCCUCAGCGCCGCCAAGCCGCUCGCCGUCUACUCCGUCGACAAGGUGCUCCUGCCCUUCGAGCUCUUCGGCGUCAAGGCGCCCGCCGCCGCGCCCGCCGCGUCGACCACCAAGCCCAAGAAGGGCGGCGCCACGGAUGCCGCCGCCGGGCCGGCCGGGUCGGAGGACGCCCAGCCCACGGACGCCGCCAGCGCGAGGGCCGUCGGGUGGGGCGUCGCCGGACUGGCCGCCGUUGUUAGCUUCCUCUUGUAAGACGUCGUACGGACACGAUGAACGUGGAUGCUAGCAUAUCAGCAUGUGCAUGUUUUUCUCUUCUUUUUUUUUCCCCCUUUUCUUUUCUUUCAUUCUUCCUCUUCAUGCUUUAAAUUUCUUUGCUCUCCGACUAGUUUAAUUGUUCUUUACAUUAUUCUUGUUCUUGGUGGUUUGUAAGAUUGGGCUAUGUGAUUGGAAUUUUCUAUCUGAGGCCGGGAUGUUAAUAAUGCAUUACAUUUUGAGUCA